AUGCGUGUGCCUCUUGAUUCUGCAACAUCAUUCAAUGAUACUGAUGGUGAGAGUCUUGCUGAUGUUUCUGCCUAUCAAAGACUCAUAGGAAAACUGAUGUACUUGACAAUUUCAAGACCUGGCAUCGCAUAUGCAGUUAAUAGACUGAGUCAGUUUAUGCAAAAGUCGCGUACCAGUCACUUAGCAGGCGUGCACCAUGUUUUGCAGUACCUUAAAGGCACGCCAGACAAAGGUUUGUUUUUUCCUAGUAAAUCCUCGUAUCGUAUUACAGCUUUUGCAGAUGCUGAUUGGGGAAGUUGCAAGGUUACGCGCAAGUCAACCAUCGGUUUUUGUGUUUUCUUUGGUGAUGCCUUAAUAUCAUGGAAGUCCAAGAAGCAGCCUACCGUUGCCAGGUCAUCUGCCGAGGCAGAAUAUCGCGCUCUAGCAUCUCUCACUUCUGAGCUGCUAUGGAUACGUCAGCUGUUGCGCACUUUUGAAGUCAAUGUGCAGUUUGUGAUGAAUGUACAGAACCAGUUUCUCAAGUUAAUUCAUGUGAAAUCAACACAGCAACUGGCUGAUCCUCUCACUAAGGUUUUACCAUGGGCAUUGUAUGACUCUCUUACUUCCAAGUGGGGAAUGGUGGACAUUUAUCUUCCCACUUGA